AUGGACAUCACCACCUUCGCCCAAGAUCACAUCUCCCAACUCACCGUCACCGUCGGCGUCAUGUCGUAUGCUCUCCUCCGCAACAAACUCACUCCCGGCGGCAUCCUCGCCGGCCUCCUCAUCGCCUUCAUCCACAUGCUGCACCCAUGGCCCGCCUUCUUCUGGCUCCUCAUUGUCUUUUUCCUGCUCGGCACAUUUGUCACAAAAAUCGGCCACAAAGCCAAACUCCAUCUCACCCACUCCUCCACCGGCGGCUCAGGCGGCGAAGGCCCACGCACAUCAUCUCAAGUCUUUGCCAAUUCAGGCUUCGCCUCUGUACUGAUACUCACGCACCUUUACAUCCUGACAUCCACCCCGUUCAUCUCAUCCGUCAUCCCCAUUUCCCCCGGCCUCUACGCUCCGCAUCUCUACCGUUUACUUCCGCUCGGGAUCGUGGCACAGUAUGCUGCCGUGGCUGCUGAUACCUUCAGUUCUGAGCUCGGGAUCCUUGCCAAAUCGCAACCUUUUCUCAUCACAAAACCGUGGAAGCGGGUGCCGCGCGGCACAAACGGAGGUGUGACGUUGGAGGGUUUGCUUUAUGGCUUGCUCGGAGGCUUUCUGCUUACCAUCGUUGCGAACGGAGCGCUGCGGUUCUUGCCGCCUUUUAAUCGUCUGCAUGGGCCGGCGGUGCUGAUGCUCACGCUGAUGGGGCUGGUGGGAAGUGUGAUUGAUUCUGUACUGGGCGCGCUAGUGCAGGCUACAGUCACAGACAAGGGAAGUGGGAGGGUUGUGGAAGGAGAUGGUGGGAGGAGGGUGAAGGUCGUACCUGGAGGAAGUAGGGUGGUCGUUGGGAAGGAUAUCCUGACGAACAAUGGGGUGAACUUCGUCAUGGCGAGUCUCACGAGUGUGCUGGCGAUGGGUGGGAGCAGGAUAUACAUUUGA